UAAUAGUUACCGUGUAGUGUGUGUGUUGUGUGUUGUAUAUGGCGGAUGAGAAAGUUGGAUUGACGUUUAGUGGGCCAAAUGGAUAUAGAGUGAUGUUUCGUGUUUGUAGUGGUAUUUUCGAUCUGCCUAUAACAUUGUGUGAUGUCGACAUGCAGGCGGAAAUGAUUGAAGAAGAAAACUGUGCGAAUAGAGCUAAAGAUUCAGUGGACGGUAACGUGAUGGCUAAAGCAAAGUUUGCCUUUACUGCAAAUGCAGAAGAUGAGUUGAGUUUUCAGAAAGGAGCCAUUAUUGUUGUGACAAGAGAGCUGGAAGGUGGCUGGUGGGAAGGAACGCUUGACGAGAAGACUGGAUGGUUUCCUAGCAAUUACGUGAGACAAAUCAAAAAAGGAGAUGAUGAAAAGUCAUCACAGAAGCUGAAAGAAACAGAAAGUGUUCCAGAAUAUUACAGUCAGGUGCUACAGGAACUACUGGAAUCAGAGAAAUUACAUGUAGAUCAAAUGGAGUCAUUUUAUGACAGAUACAUUCAACCAAUGGAAACAUCAGAUGUAUUGUCAGCUGGUGACGUGCAGACUUUAUGUGGUAAUUUGAGUGAUGUGAUAGCAUUUCAGAAGACAUUUCAUUGUGAUCUACAAGCAAAAGACAAGUUACCACAUUCUAGGCAAAUGAUCGGUAACACAUUUCUUCAUCAUCUUACACAAUUUCAAGAUGUGUAUGAAACGUUUUGCUCCAACCAUCCAUGGGCAGUGGCUGUGCUCACAGACAAUCAAGACAAGUUAGGUUCAUACAUGGAGGAACACGGCUCUUCUUCUCCUGGGCUGCUAACCCUCACAAUGAAUUUGAGUCAACCGUUUAGAAGAUUAGAAAAGUAUUCAUCCACAUUACUGGAACUUUACAGGCAGAUUGAAGACAAACACAAAGACAAAUUAAAUUUGGAAGAAGCAGCAAAAGCUUUUGACAAUUUCACAGAGAAAAUAAAGCUAAUUCGUAAACGUAAAGAAAUGGAAUUCGAGAUGGUGACAAAGACUUUAGAAGGGUUAGAAGGGCAGCAAUCUUUGAGUGAGAAUGGAAAGUGUGUUAUCAUGGUUCCAGUUACAGAGCACCUCUCUGAUGGAGGAUAUGAUGAUCGCUUUCUCUUGCUUUUCCCUCACUUUCUUGUUAUCUUGUCAGUCAGUUCUUCUCUUAGUGGAUAUCGACUGGAGCAUCGAUACUUGGUGUCUGAAGGUCAAAUGAAGAUUCUACAUGACAUAUCACCUAACACUGUGGAGUUUGCAGUGGGUAACGAGAGACUAAGGUUCACUUGUAGUUUAGCACAUGACAGAGAGCAGUUGCAAGAACGAUGGGAUAUGACACAUAAUUCAAGUGUGUCAUCUAUUAUGAUGAGGAGACCAAGUGCACCAAACAUGCAGCAUCGAAUGGGAUCCAUCUUUUCAAAAGCUUCAUCAUCUACUGGACUGAAUGCUGCUGCAGCUAAGCUAUUUAACAAAAAGCAGAGUGGCAGUCAGUUAGGAUCAAUAUCGACUGCUCAACAAGUACAGAUCACCAGACCAAAACACUGGAGUUUUCGAUCAUUGAGACCAUUGCCACCAAUCAAACCCAACAUAAGUUAUAAGACUGAGGAAACACCAAGGAGUCCAAAGUUGGGAAAGAAAUCUAAAACUAUUUCAUCGAAAAUGUUUGGAAGAAGUCGAAAAGAAGAUUCUGGAAAGAAACAAGGUGAAGGUUCUCUGCAAGAUGAUGAUUGCAUUCUCAAAGUUAUUGAAGCAUAUUGCUACAGUGCUCGCAUGAAAACGGUUGCAUCAUUGUCAUAUGAUGAUCCAACUAAAUCAAGAGUUCCUCUUUCUCCUCCUCCACAGCAUCACUACUCUCGAUCUUCUGUUAGUCCAACAAUUCCUGAGAAUGAAAUUGUUGAUUAUGAAGACGAUGAUCGUCUUGUUACAGUGUCAACUGGCAGCCUUUUUUUCAGAUACGGCUGUUGCCCAAGAGGAUUUCCAAGCUGACAAUUAAUAAAAUUUUCAAAUAAAUUCUGACAGUUUAUUUGACUAACUAGCCGUUGAACUAAACGCUGAUUUGCAGUAAAUUGGUUGAUUUUAACUGUUAGCUCUGCUAAUAAAGAUGUAAUGGAUCUUGUUGUUGUAUGAAUUAUUUAUGUUUGUUGCA